AUGGAUGACUGUGGGAACUCUAGUCAAGUUGAAGUGCAAAUUACUGGCUACUUUGCCUUCACUUCAGUGUCUGUUUCCGUCUCCAAUUACCCAUUUGAUAAGAAGAUUAUGGUAAAUUGGGGAGAGAUGGUGCGGGUCAGCCUACCAGAGUCAGUGGGAAUUAAGGGUGUUAUCAAGUUCUCCAAGGUGGUCCUAGUCAAGGCUGACAAAGAUAUCUCAGUAGUGUCUGUCAGCAACAAACAUGGAACACGGGUCUACUCCACUGGUGACACACUGAAAAUUAUACUCCUUGCUUUCCAAGGCUACCAGUUACAAGGCAUAGCCGAUCUGUCUGGCACCAGGAUUGUCUCAGAAAAGCCAGUGGCUGUCUUGGUUGGCCAGGUGUGUUUCUGUACUAGCACAAAAUGCAACCAUGUCUUUGAGCAGCUCCUACCAGUUUGCAGCUGGGGUACAACAUACAUCAUUCCUCCCUUACCCUGGCAGAAAGUAGAUGAAGUAGUCUACAUCACUGCUUCCCAGAGCACAACUGUGUUGUAUCAACUAGGGGAACAGGCAGAGACUGUUACUCUAGCAGGAGGCAGUGUACUCCAGCGUCCUGUCAAGCCCUGGAUCCCAGUCUACAUCUCUGCUAAUGUGGGCAUCCAGGUGGUGUUCUACAGCGUGGGUGCAGCUCUCCCUAAUUCCUCCCACGCCUUCCUGAUGAAUGUUCCAGAUGUUGCCAGUUACUGCCGGAUGUAUUCUAUAAAUGCCCAGGAGGGCUUAGAGAACUUUGCCUUGAUGGUGGCCAAUACAUCAGAGACUGGCGCCAUCAUCCUAGACAAUCAGCCUGUAAGGGAUGUGGUGUGGAACCGAGUCGCUGGCACUGAGUUCGUUUGGAGCAUGCCUACGCUUGCACCUGCCAUCAGAUCCCAUGCUGUGGAACAUCCCAGCUCUCCAUUUGCGCUCCUGAGUGUUGGCACUGCCGCCAUGGACAGCUAUGGGAUUCCGGGUUCCUGCAGGAAGGAUGUUACCUUUAAAUGCCAGACUGAGACUCUAGAGAUAAAAGAGCAGAUGGAGCUGUGCAAAGAUGUCUUUCUGCAGGGCAGCAACAGUGAAUUUUGCUCCUUCAUGAAUUCAACCUUAGUGAAUUUGCAGACCAUGUGUGCCCAGUAUCGCUGCAGGUCAGAGGAAGUUGCUGGCCCCUUUGAUCCCUUCCUGAAUAGCUCCACCCUCAGUGCUGGUGGGAACGAGAGCAAGAGGGAGGUGGCCUCUGCCGUGACGUUCCUCCUGCAGAGUGUGGAAUUGGCUGCACUGACGGCUGCUUUGAAGUCUCCGGAGAUGAAGAAACAGACUGUGACAACAGAGUCUAUGGCUAUCGAGACGCUCCUCGUUGUCCCAGCUGCUGGUCCCUGUGAUGAGGUCUUCAGGCUGAGAGCUCAGGAGGAGACAAUGGACAUUCACUGCGAUACGAUCACCAGAGCAGCCACAGAAGAUUUUGGGGCUGUUGCUUUUAUUUCUUACUCCACCCUGGACUCCAUCAUUGACAAGAGAUUUCUCAACGAGGGAGAUCUAAUGGCUGAUGAGAAAUUGAGGAAUUUUCACCUGAAUUCCAGGGUGGUGAGUGGGGCUGUCGGAGCUGGGAGGCUCAUGAACCUCUCCAAACCUGUGAACUUCACCCUACGCCAUAGACAGGCAAAGAAAGAGGAGGAAGAGGCUCUCUGUGUUCACUGGAAAUUCAUCGCUGGGAAAGGCACCUGGACUCCAGACGGCUGCACUGCUCUGUACACGAACAGCACUCACACCAUUUGUAGCUGUAACCAUCUCUCCAGCUUCGCACUCCUUAUGGGCCAUACCUGACUGCGGGUGAGGGAGAGUUACCCACUGACCAUCGUCACCUACGUGGGACUGACCCUCUCCCUGCUGUGCCUCCUCCUCGCCAUCCUCACCUUCCUCCUGUGCCGCUCCAUCCGCAACAUCAGCACCUCCCUCCACCUGCAGCUCUGCCUCUGCCUCUUCCUGGCCAACCUGCUCUUCCUCACCGCGGUGACCUGCACCCGCACCAGUCUCCUCCUUACACAGCAUUUCCCUUCCCUGCCACCCUGUCCCUGCACUGAGAUAAUGUGCAUCUUCUUCCUCCCUGCCUGUAGCUGCCAGUUCAGCCUGGAGAGAGGCUUUCAUUGGAGUUUCCUGGGUCCACUCUGUGCCAUAAUCCUGAUAAAUGUGACGUUCCCCCUGACCCUGUGGAUCUUGAGAAACAGACUCUCCUCCCUCAGCACAGAUGUGUCCACUCUCAAAGACUCCAGGUUACUGACCUUUAAAGCAAUCGCCCAGCUCUUCAUUCAGGGCUGCACAUGGAGCCUUGGUCUCCUCCAAGUUGGCCCAGCAGUCACGGUCAUGGUGUAUUUAUUCACCAUCGUCAAUAGCCUGCAGGGAGCCUUCAUCUUCCUGGUGCACUGUCUCCUCAAUUGCCAGGUGAGAGAGGAGUACAGGAGAUGGAUCAAGGGAUUCCGAACGUCCAGCACGAAAUCUCAGACAUCUGAUUAUCCAUGUCUGCUGUCCCCACCACCAGCACCAAGACGGCUAGAGGUCCUCUGCUUUGUUCCAGUACCAGCCUGUGAAACAGUCAUCUCUAGCUGGGUCUCAUUACUGCUAUAAUGGUGCUUUGUCCCCUGAGUGAGCCAGGAUUUGUUAUAAGCCAGCUGGGAAUGUCAUUAAGAGUGUUAGUCAAUCCCAUCCUGAUUGAGGGGUAUCCUACAUGUCUUACGCACCGGCACCCAAUGCUCCUUUCCUAGCAGCUCCA